GGGAGUUACACAAAUUCUGAGUCGUGACUUCUCUUACCGAUUUUUAGGGGCUAGUAGGUUCGGCUAACAUUGAAGUUCGUUAAGCAGGUGCGAUGAAAGUCGGGAUGCUUUAGUUUCUACUUGGCUCAAACCUAAUAGAGCUUUCUGCUCCUUUUUCCCUAGUUGAAAACACUAUUUAUACUCUCCCUUAUACUCUUAAAUGUAGAUGGAGAAUAGACCUCAUUCAAUUACAUCUAGCGUUGAUAGAUUAGGGGUCCAGCUAUUUCAUAUUUCAACUAAUAUGGUUUGAUCUUCACUAUGUCUACAAUCUCUCGUUUACCUGAAUCUACCACUCGACUCCUAUGUUCGCCUUUAGCUAUCACAACUCCAGUCAGUUUAGUGAAAGAGCUCUUAGACAAUUCAAUUGAUGCUAAGGCCACAUCGAUUGAGGUCAUCAUCUCUGCAGACACGGUGAAGAAGAUCGAAGUUCGGGACAAUGGAAUCGGUAUCCACCCAGACGACUACGAUGCACUUGGAAGACGUGGUCAUACGAGCAAACUUAGGAGCUUUGAGGAACUGAGAACUCAGUUUGGGAAAACGCUCGGCUUUCGUGGAGAAGCACUAGCCAGCGCAAAUUCCCUAGCCCAAGUCACUGUCACUACUAAAAUCGCUUCGGAGCCUGUAGCGGCUAUCCUUCACAUUCAACCAGAUAAGGGAGGCAUACUGAAGCAACAGCCAACAUCAGCACCGGUUGGAACCACUGUAAGUAUUACCGGGCUUUUCCAUAAAUUGCCGGUUCGAGAACAGAUGGCUAUUAAGGACUCGGUAAAAGCGAUAGCCAAGAUCCGCGAACUACUAUGUUCUUACACCAUGGCAAGACCGCAACUAAAAUAUUCGCUUAGGGUGUUGCAGCUCCCUAAACAGAAUUGGAACUACUCGCCAAACUUGCGCUGCAGCGUAAAAGAAGCGGCUGUCCAGCUGUUUGGUCCAGAUAUUACGACUUAUUGCUUCGAGAAGAUAUCUGAGAUAAGUGAUCUAACGAGCAGCAACGAUUCUUCUGUCAAGCAUCAGGAACUUCCGCUGAAUUGUAAAUAUGUGUUCGAAGCCUUCAUUCUAAAGCCGGAUUUAGACCAUCCCAAAUUUUCCAAGCAACGCUAUUUCUCUGUUGAUAGUCGCCCUGUUAUAGCAAAAAGGGGCACUAUGAAGAAAUUACUGGACAUUUACGUUGAGCAUAUCAGUGUCUCCCGACAGGAUACCCCAACAACAAAAUCCAAAAACUACUUCAUUCGGUUAAAUAUUAAGUGUCCUCCCGGAAGUUACGAUGCUAAUAUAGAAGCGUCUAAAGAUGAUGUAGUAUUCUCAGACGAGAAAAUAGUACUUGGCGGAUUUAAGGACUUGUGUAAGGAGGUGUAUAAUUCAUCCCCGUCCAGUAACCCACAUUCACAGUUACCAGCUAAAAGGUGUUCCAUCUCAAACAAGAGGGACGAUUUAGGAGCUCAAAAGCCACCAUCCACAGGGACACAAGUCAAGUCCAUCACUAACAGGGUUGAACCCCUUAGUUCGUCAGUACAGAUAUCAAACCAAACAAUAGUACAACCAGCACUACAAGGUCAACAGGCCCUUGUUACCUCCCAAUCACUACCUGCUCUGUUGGAAGCUACAGGGGAGCAUACGCAUAGUCCUGUAUCUUUCGAAACUGAGCCGAACAGUACUCAAAUAUCAUCCGCUCAAGCAGGAUCUAAAGAAAUUCAAAGCCUCCAAGACAAUCUAUCAAAUACCGGAUUUACUCAAUACAGAGUUGACAUGUCUACAGAUUUCAAUGAGUAUGGCUACAAUGAUCUCCGGAGCAAGUAUCCCGGUCCUGCGCAGGCACUACCCACUUUCCAGGAGAAACUAGAUGCAGUCAAAAAUUCGGCACCGGAAGAUGUAAACCCGUGGAUUAUCGCAAAGAUGAAUGCGCCUAUUCCUGGUCGGAUCGUUGAAGAGCGUAUCAGGAACGAACCAGUCCAAAAGAGCAACUCGCCACUCUCUGUAUUCGAAUCUCCAAUGACUCCAGAUCCUCCUAUCCUUCGUCACAUAGGAGCAGCACCACGAGACCUUGAUGUUCCCCCAAGCCAGCAACACUUGGAAUCACAAGCUCCUUUACGUCAAUUACGGCCCAGAGUGCCAGGUGGUCCAUACCGUAGCCCAAUAUCAAGGCCAUCUGGGAUGCCUUCACAGAAUGCCAUGAGUGGUAUUACAGUGCCUACCACUCUGAAGCCGCGACGACACCGCAAUUCCCUCCCCUGGUCACCACCCUCAUCUACCGAGGCGGCUGUAAUAAGCAAAGAUCGAUUAACAAAUCCAAGGGACGAUUCCAUGGCAGAUGGUAUGAAACAGACAACAAUAUCCUUCCGGGGUGCUAGAGGAAACCGCAAACGACAAUUACAAGAGGAUAGUAGCGGUAUCAAUCAUCAAGAUUCACAAGGUCAGGAAUAUCAGGAGAAUAAUUGGUUUCAGUAUGUGCCAAUACCGGCGAAGAAUGACUUCGGUCAUAAGCUUUCAUUGCAGAAGGCGCCUUACGUCUCCGAGAAGAAGCAGCAUCAGAUCCACGUCAACCCAAAGGUAGCCCAGGAUCGACCAUGUGUUCAGUCACGCAAGCAUCACCCCGAAGAUGAAUUCAAUUCCUCUAAAAUAAACGAGCCUAUAAAUACGACUUUAGCUAGUGGUGACCCUCGGGCAUAUCUCUUACGCCGUCAAAAAUCGAUAGCUGCGGAAGAGAGCGGUAUGAAGCCAAAGAAAAUUCGAAGAUUAAAGAGCUCUCUCCUACCCCUGGAAAAUGUCCCCUCAUACGACCAGACUCAUUCUCUAACUAUUAUCGAGGUGUGGAAUACAGAAACCUUGCGCAUCUCUGUCAAGAAGUAUGCGACGUACGAUAGAUACGUCACGAAGGGUGUCGUAGAAAAUGGUCUUGAGAUGAGUCUGGACGAGGGCCGCAACGUUGAGGAACGACUUAAGUUAGCCUUCCUUAAACAGAUGGGCGCAGACGAUGGCGAAGAGUUCGCUCCUGAAGUUAAUAUUUGCUCUUUUCUAAAAGGUAAAGGAGCUGUAGCUAGUUCGUAAACCAAGUAAAGCGGUGUACUGUUAUUGAUACCUGAGACGUUACUCAGGUGAUCUAGUUUGCUUAAGUAGUUGUUUCACUAUGAGCAGAUGUAGCUAGUACUAGAGAAGGGGGGGGUGGGGGGUUAAGCUAUAAGAACUAUAAGAUAAUGGUGAUAUAUGAUGCUUUCUAGCUGU